AUGCCACUUAACGAGGUUAAUGAUGUGCCGUUAGUUGUUCCAACAUCUAGCAAAUUCUCAAUGACGAAAUUUCAUAUUUUUGAAAGUGAAGUUUUUGAAUUACUGAGUGGUAUUGAUUGCAGUAGAGCUAGUGCGCCUGGUCUGUCAGCGAGAAUAGUUAGAGAAGCUGCACCUGUCAUAACUCCGAUCACAACCUGUUUAUUUAAUCAAUCUCUAGAACAGGAACAGUUUGCUGAAAAUUGGAAACUUGGCUAUAUUACAUCGGUUAUUAAGUCUGGCGAUCCUCAUGAAGUGAAUAAUUAUCGUCCUAUAACCUUACUACCUGUUUUGGGUUUACUAGUAAAGCUAAAAGCAAAAGGAUUACCACCGUCCUUGGUGAAUUGGUUUGAAAGCUAUCUCUCAAAUAGAGAAAUUGUGACCAUGGCAGACGAUAUUCCAUCGGCAGCAAGAAUCGUUGAUAGAGGAGUGCCCCGAGGCGCGGUCUUGGGACCGUUAAUGUUUUUGAUUUUUAUUGAUGAUCUUGGUGAUAAUGUUAGUGCAACAAUGCGAUUGUUUGCUGACGAUGCCUCACUCUACCGCGUUACAGAGAAAAAUGAUAUUAGAAAAGGUAUAGACCAAGCAAAUGAAGAUUUACUCUUAAUUUACGAAUGGUCUAUAACCUGGAAAUUGUAUUUAAAUAUUGAUCAAGGUAAAGCUAUUUUUUUUUCUACUCGUGAACGCGAUACUCUCGCUUCUCUAUCACCCGUCUUGAUCAAUAAGUCGCCUAUCUCUUAUGUUGUUGAACAAAAACAGUUAGGCUUAAUUUUAAGAUCAAAUCUAGACUGGACAGCGCACGUAGAUUAUGUUUUAACUAAAGCAGUCCGCUGUCAUGACUUCUGGCCCGAUGAGGCAAUACGGUCAGAUCGGGCAAGGAGUACCUUACCCCUUUUGGCCAGAUUUCCACAUUUUUCUCUCGCAAAGCAUUAG